CAUGAAUAAACAAUUCAAGGUAGCCUUAAUAGGUGAUUCCAGAAGUGGGAAGUCAUCACUAAUAAGAAGUUUAAAAGGAGAAGAGUUUUUAUAUGAAACAUAAGAAACUAUCGGAAUCGAUAUUUAUCAAAGAAGUCUUGAUUUCAAAAAUAUGAACUACACAUUUAAACUUUAUGAUACUAGUGGAUGUGAAGCCUAUAGAUUAAUUUUGAAUAGACUUUUAAGCCAAAUUGAUGCUGUAAUUAUUUGUUUCGAUGCUUCAUAAGACAAGUAUUAAGAACAAAUAACUGGUUGGUGUCAUUUAAUAGAAAAUGAAUUAAGAACAAUACCAACCUUUAUUGUAGGGAAUAAAAUUGACAUUCAAAAUUUCAGUUUAAUUUCUGAUAUAUCUUCAAAAUAUACAGUUUUCUUUGUUUCAGCUAAAACAGGAGAGAAUGUAUAGAAAUGUUUUAACAAAAUAUUUAUGUCAUUGACACCUUAGAAGCAUUCUAUGAUUUAAAAAAAGCCAUAGAAUAAAUAAAGCACUUGGGGAUUACUUUGUUCUUGUUGCAAAGGAGAAUGA